CCUCAGCACCAACGGCAUCUUCCACGAGAUCGACAAGAUUCUAUAUCCUCCCCAAUUCGACGCAUUCAAAGACUUGGACGUUCCUAUGAACCUGAGUGACGUGGCAGAUCGUCAUGGUUACAGAACGUUCUACAGACUGCUGCAGGACUCUGGUGUGACAGACCUGCUGAAGGACGGGGCGUACCAGCCGCUGACCGUCUUCCUGCCCUCAGACGACGUCAUGGCGUCUCUGCCACAGGAGCAGAAGGACUUCCUGUUUCACAGAGACAACCGAGCUCAGCUGCUGGAGUACCUCAAGUUCCACAUCCUGCAAAACCGGAAGGUGUACGCCGAAGGUCUGAUCUACCUGGACUCUGCUCGGAGUCUGCAGGGUUCACCUCUGACUUUCAGCUGUGGAGGGAUGGACGCCAUUGGAGAAGUGUUUGUCAACGACGGAAAGUGUCGGAUCGUUCAGAGACACCUCUUCUUUAACGGUGGCAUCGCCUACGGGAUCGACUGCCUGCUGACUCCGCCCAGCCUCGGGGGACACUGCAGCAAACAGACGAUCUUUGACCUUGAGAUGAGCUGUGAUCUGUGCACGCUCUCAGCAUCUCGCUGUCAGGGCUCCAAACUAAAGGAGGUCCAGAAGUGCGACCUGCCGUCAUUGUUAAUUACUAAAAACACGGGCUGUCGCACCAUCUGCACGGUCAGCUUCCUGAAGCCAAAGUGUUGUCAUGGUUACUACGGACGGGACUGCCUGGCCUGUCCCGGCGGCAGCAGCUCUCCCUGCAGUAACCGGGGGAAAUGUGACGACAGUCACCUUGGUAACGGCACCUGUACCUGUGAGGUCGGUUUUGGGGGCGUGGCCUGUGAGCUGUGCAGUGAAGGGUUCUACGGAGGCAGAUGUAAAGCCUGUAACUGUUCAGAACACGGGUCAUGUGACCAGGGACGGACAGGUACAGGAGUGUGUUUCUGUGAGGCCGGCUGGACCGGAGAGCGCUGUGAGAGCCCCCAGGCUGAGGUUCUGGAGUGUUCUCCGUCCUGUGCUCCAAAAGCGGUCUGUCGUGAGAACAACACCUGUGUGUGUCGGCCAUUUUAUGAAGGAGACGGCUUAACCUGUGCAGUUAUGGACAUCUGUAGCGUGUGGAACGGCGGCUGUGCCAAAGGAGCCAGUUGUUCUCAGGUAGGAGAACAGGUGAGCUGCACGUGUCCUAAAGGUCACAAUGGAGACGGCUUCACCUGUCUGCCCAUCGACCCCUGCGUCUCGGGGGACAAUGGAGGCUGCCACGAGCAUGCCACAUGCACCAUGAUGGCUCCGGGGAAGAAGAAGUGCACCUGCAAGGACAACUACAUCGGAGACGGAGUCACCUGUGAGGUCAAACAGCAGCCAAUCAGCCGCUGUCUCCAAGACAACGGACAAUGUCAUCAAGACGCCAAAUGUACCGACCUGCACUUUGAAGAUACAAAGUUUGGUGUGUUUCACUACCGUUCAGUUCGAGGUCAGUACAAACUGACUUACAGCGACGCUCAGCAGGCCUGCAGUGCAGAGGGAGGCAGCAUCGCUACAUACACUCAACUGUCCUACGCUCAGCAGGGGGGGCUGAACCUGUGUGCUGCCGGCUGGUUGGACUCGGCCCGGGUUGCGUACCCGACGACCUAUUCAAGCCCUCAGUGUGGUUUCGGACAUGUGGGCAUCGUGGACUACGGGACACGGAAGAACCUGAGUGAGACCUGGGACACCUUCUGCUUCCGGAUGAAGGAGGUGACGUGUGAGUGUAGUCCAGGAUAUGUCGGAGACGGUCUCAGCUGUGUUGGAAACCUGCUGCAGGUCCUCAGAUCUACGCCCAACUUCUCAAACUUCUUCUCUCAAAUCCUGAACUCGUCUCAGGUGAGUGAAUCAGGUAAACAGUUUGUGAGGAGACUCGGCAACCUGACCGUUCAGUCCACUCUGUUCGUACCCGACAACGACGGCCUACCUGACAACCAGACUCUGUCCAUGCGGGACAUCGAGUUCCACCUGUCCGAGGGUCUGGCUCUUCCUCUCGUCCAGCUGAAGAACGGCACUCGCAUCAGAACUCGUGUCGGCGGUCUGACCGUCCGAGGAGUCGCUGACCAGAUGAAUCCGUCGGCUCUGUCGUCUCGUUACAUCAACGACCGCUUCAUCACCGACUCGGACAUCCAGGCUUCAAACGGGGUCAUCCAUGUUCUCCAGGGGCCGCUGAAAGCCCCGCCCCCUCGCCAACAGAUGAAGGUGGCUCACAGGGCGGGGCUUGGAGUUGGAGUCGUGGUCCUGGUCAUUCUGCUGGGCGCGUUCGUCUUCGUUGGAUAUAAAUUCUACGCCCACAAAACCAAACCGUUCAGGUUUCACUACUUCAAGGACGAGGAGGAAGAAGCUCCACCCCCUCCCGACACCAAUCGCAGCAUCUGUAACCCGGUUUAUGAACCUGCAGAGUCCGGCUCACCUGAGGCCGCAGCGGAGGACAAACCCGAGGCGGUGAACGGAGGAUCGUACGACCUGCUGUCUGAUGGGCUGGAAACUUCCUAAGAUCUGACACCUGUGUGGACCGACGGUCUGACAGGGACAGGGAUCAUCUUCUCCUCUUACAGAGAGCAGCUGUGUCCUCUGAGGACUUAACUCUGAGUCCAGACCCGACCCGACCCCCUUCCCUCCCACUAGCACAACACUAAUGAUGCGUUCAGAUGACCAAAACUAAAGUCUGGACUGUACAGUUUUUCUGCUGGACGUGAAGACAGCUGCUGGUUCCAGGUCUCAGAGACUCUGAAGUUUCAGAAUAAAAAAUACCUCAACUGCAAAAAAGAAAUGUUUUUGAA